AUGACCAUCGGGUCGUUUUUCAGUCUACAUCCGAAAACUGAAAAAAAAAACCUGCACGAACUAUUCAAAGAUGUCAAUGGGCAUAACAACUACAAACAGGUCAUCACGACAACGAAAGCGCCCAUCCAUGCAAAUAUGUCAAGAAAUUUAACUAAUAACAAUAUAGGAAUAGUACAGCAACCACAGACUGAAAUAGAAAUAGCUCAAUUGAAUACUGAUAAAGUAAAUGCUGCACUACAGGUAAUUGAGAGGAAAGCUGCUCCAGAGAAACCUACAGAUUUAUCACUAUACACUCUUGAUACAGGUGAAAAGAUACGAACAACGGGUAGAGUUGUUCCUUCUGUCCCACCCAUAACCAAUAAAUUACCCACUGAUGACGAAUUGUUUGACUCUACAACGGGCUUACCAAAUCAUACAUUCCUUCGAAAUCACUUCUUGAGGGAAGGAAGGCUGACAGAAUCACAAAUCCUGAGAAUAAUCAAUAUGGCAACUGAAUGUCUUUCCCAGGAACCAAAUCUGUUGAUGGUCCCUUCUCCAGUUACAAUAUGUGGUGACAUCCACGGUCAGUAUUACGAUCUUUUGAAAUUGUUUGAAGUUGGUGGCGAUCCAGCAGUGACCCCAUAUUUAUUUUUGGGUGAUUACGUUGACAGGGGUGCCUUUUCCAUAGAGUGCCUAAUAUAUCUCUAUGCGUUGAAAUUAACUUAUAAUAAGACAUUUUGGUUAUUAAGAGGGAACCAUGAAUGUAAACAUUUGACUUCAUAUUUUACAUUCAAAAACGAAUGUCUUCAUAAAUAUUCUUUGAACGUUUAUGAACAAUGCUGUAACUCUUUUAAUGCAUUACCUCUUGCAGCAUUAAUGAACGGUCAAUAUUUCUGUGUUCAUGGUGGGAUCUCACCAGAAUUAAAGGACAUAAAUGACGUUAAUAAACUGGACAGAUUUAAAGAAAUUCCAUCAAAGGGUUUAAUGUGUGAUUUAUUAUGGGCUGACCCCAUUGAAGAUUAUGAUGAGUAUGACGACGGCGACUUAUUCUCACAUAAUUCUGUAAGAGGUUGUUCAUUUACCUUCACUUAUCAAGCAUCAUGUGAAUUUUUACAACGCAAUAAUUUAUUGUCUAUAAUAAGGGCCCAUGAGGCACAAGAUGCAGGGUAUAGGAUGUAUAAGAAUACCAAGAUAUUGGGGUUCCCAAGUUUAUUAACGUUAUUUAGCGCUCCCAAUUAUCUGGACACCUACAAGAAUAAAGCUGCAGUCUUAAAAUUUGAAAAUAAUGUGAUGAAUAUUCGCCAAUUUAAUAUGUCUCCACAUCCUUAUUGGUUACCAGACUUUAUGGAUGUUUUCACUUGGUCACUACCGUUCGUUGGUGAAAAAGUUACCGAAAUGUUAGUCUCUAUUUUAAAUAUCUGUACUGAGGAUGAAUUAGAAAGAGAGACGCCUUUGAUUGAAGAAUCCAUUUGUACAGGUACUAUUAAUGAAUCUUCAAUUGUAAAUCCGGUCCAUGAUAACAGAAGUGUCCCAAUCCGAGAAGAUACCAAUGCUGUCAAAGUCCCUAUACUAGAGGAUGAUUCCAGAAGAAGAGCAUUGAGAAAUAAGAUAUUAGCCAUUGCAAAAGUGUCAAGAAUGUUUUCUGUGUUGAGAGAAGAAAGUGAGAAGGUUGAAUAUUUGAAAAGUAUGAAUGCAGGAGUCUUACCGAGAGGUGCCCUUGCUCAUGGUUCUGCCGGUUUAAAUGAAACUUUAUCCACUUUUGAAAUGGCAAGAAAGCAAGAUUUGAUUAAUGAACGAUUACCACCAUCGUUGGAUCAAGUGAAGAGAGAGAAGAAUAACUAUUAUUAUUCAAUGCUUGAUAAAGCCUCUAAUCAGCAAAUUUUGGGCAGAAAAAAAGAAUAG